AUGUUCUCAAUAAUUAGUAAGGCAUACUUCCUCCAUAUUUUGCUUAAUCUAUAAUUAGAAAGAAGAUCUAAUAAUAUCUGGAGUGAUGAUAAAGCUAUAAAAUUUUGGACCUAAAAUGAAAAUUGUGAAAAUAACAAUAAAUAAUUAUGGUCUUGUUCCUAAACUAUAAGAAAAUAUAGCAGUUAUAUUUAUGCAUUGUCUAUGAAUGAAGAUCAAAUAGAAUUAAUUUGA